AAGCAGAGCUUGUGAAUGCGAGUCCACAAAAAGUUCUUCGUUUCCCCAACCCAACCCCUACGUCUCUCGCUUUCUCACUCAGCGAGAGACGACUUUUGACUCUUGGAGUGUCAACCACGGUCUUCAUUUUCCCAACCCACCCCCUACGUCUCUCGCUUUCUCUCAGUCUUCUCAUAGACGAGUUUUCGUAAUAUUCUUCUGGCAACCACUGAGAGAGCGUCAAAGUUCCACAGUUGCUUCCCAGUUUCCAGCUAUUAUGGACAUUAAAAAUGUUCACUUUGGUUCCCUUUCUUCAUGCUAUAUAUGUGUACAGAUUCGCUUUUCCAGAGAGAGACUUCUGCAGCAGCAUCAACUACGAAACCAUGGCUUGGGUUCCCUUUACAUCUCCUCGUUUAUGCUUACUAUCCAUUUUCUUUUUCGGUUUGAGUUCCCGGAUCUGUUAUGGGUUCGGCUUCGGAUUCGACAUCCACCACCGCUUCUCCGAUCCCGUUAAGGGAGUUCUCGGCCUCGAUGACCUCCCCGAGAAGGGAAGCUUAGACUACUACGUUGCCAUGGCCCACCGUGACCGCUUAAUUCGCGCCCGUCACCUCGCCGCCAGCUACGGCCAGUCCUCGCCACUCACUUUCGCCAAUGGAAACGACACUUUAUUUAUCAGCUCUUUGGGAUUUUUGCAUUAUGCCAAUGUUUCUGUGGGGACACCAAGUUUAUCCUUUUUGGUGGCAUUAGACACAGGCAGUAAUUUGUUCUGGCUACCAUGCGAUUGUAAGAAAGGUGGCUGCGUUACUGGCUUGCAGACAUCAUCUGGAGAGGAAAUAAAACUCAACAUCUACAGCCCUAAUAAUUCAUCAACAAGUGAAAAAUUAUCCAGCAACAGCACCCUGUGCAGACCAAGUGAUCAAUGCUCUUCAGAAAGUAGUAAUUGUUGUUAUAAAACUGUGAAUUCUAGGAAUACUUCAUCUACUGGGAUCUUGGUAGAGGAUGUUUUGCGCUUAGUUACAGAUGAUGAUCAAUCAAAAGCUGUUGACGCUCGGAUUACAUUUGGUUGUGGUCAAAUUCAGACUGGUACUUUUUUGAUGGGUGCAGCACCAAACGGUCUGUUUGGGCUUGGCAUGCAAGAUAUAUCCGUACCUAGCAUCUUAGCAAAAAAUGGGCUAACUUCAAAUUCCUUUGCGUUGUGUUUUGGACUUGAUGGGGUUGGGAGAAUCAAUUUUGGAUUUAAUGGCAGCUCAGACCAAAGUGAAACACCAUUCAAUGUUCGGCAGUCACAUCCAACUUAUAACAUCAGCAUCACUGGAAUAACUGUGGGAAGCAAUUCUUCUGAGCUGGAGUUCAGUGCCAUCUUUGACACUAGUACAGCUUUCACAGUCCUAAGUGACCCAGCUUAUACUUUUAUUUCUGAGAGUUUCAAUUCCAAGGUCGAAGAAAAGCGGCAUGCACUUCAUUCCGAGAUCCCCUUUGAAUACUGUUAUGAAUUACGUGCAAACCAAAGCACCUUUAAAAUCCCUAGGAUAAAUCUGACAAUGAAAGGCGGAGAUGACUAUUUUCUCAAACAUCCAACUGCAUUGAUCCCAACUCUGGAGGGUGGAUAUUUGUAUUGUCUGGCUCUUCUCAAAAGUGAAGAUAUAAACAUCAUAGGACAAAACUUCAUGAGUGGUUAUCGUAUAGUUUUUGAUCGUGAGAAGAUGAUAUUAGGUUGGAAGGACUCGAACUGUUACAAUGAUGAGAGUUCUAACACUCUACCCGUCAGCCCAUCACCAUCUCCUGCGGUUUCCCCUGUUCGUCCUGUUAUCCCCGUAACCACAGAACUCAAUGGAAACUAUUCUCAUACGCCUGCAGCAGCACCAUCCAGUUAUUCACCCAAGUUGAAGUCUUUUACUUGCACAGUCACAGUGCUUCUUGUUUCUUUUUUAGCUAUUGUUUGAUCACCCAAGUUGGGAAGCAUUGUUUUCUUUUUAAUUAAUUUGAGCAUUGGGUUGUAAGUAACAUGAUAAAGAUAUUUAUAAUUAGUAUAAGCAGAAACAAAUUCAGACUGAAAUAUUGGAAAUGUCGGCAGUCUAUACCCUAUGAUAAACAAUAAAACUGCAAUGCUGCUCAUGUACAUUAUUUUUCUUGUAAUGCUGCUCAGUCUUUUUGAUUAGCCUAUAUUUUGCUUUUGGCCAUUGAAUGGCGUUUUUGCGCCCAUUAGUUGUCAUGCUCAGUUUGCUGGUUGGCUGUUCUGUCAUUUUGUUUGGAUUUUAAGAUCAGAACAUAAAGUACUUGAAGGAUUUCAAGUUACACAGUGGUUACUUUUGGUCAUUGAAUAACAGGUUUACAUUGAAUAACAGAUUUUAGGCAUGCUACUCUGCUUUUCUGUCAUUUACUUUUUCAGAAAUGAUGUCUGAUGUGGCAAUGCCAAGUGGCACUACCAUGGCUGUGCCUGACGUGGCCUGCCACAUCAGCACUGUCAAUGAUACGCUAAUGUGGCAGUGGUAUUGCCAUGCUAGCCUGUGCACAUUGUCCGUGCAUGGAUCCAUGCCUAAAAUCUGAGAUAUGCAGAGCUUCCAUAUCUCCUUUGCUCUGAGCAUUGCAGCUUCCAUCGAGGCUCUCCUCUGCUGACCGCUCAAUCAACUCUUGAGAUGUUUUUUUUUUUUUUUUUUUGUCAUUGAAAAAGGAGAUGUGCAACGUUUUCAGGGUGUACUGUGAAGCAUGCUCCCAUUUCUCCUUGUGUGGUGGUCAUGGACCAAAGUUGAGGAAGCAAUUGAACAAUAUUGACUGGAAAAGCAGGAAGGUCAGUGUGUUCUAGAUCUAUAGGAAAUAUUCAUCUCAGGGAUUCUUCCUCGCAUCUCUUUGUUGUUCAAUCCUCUUGUAGAAUACACAAAAGGUUCUUUCUUGCUUUGACACAGGACUGAUAGACAGCAAAGAGAGAGUUUGCACACAGAGAUUGCAUACGGAGGUGGUGCAACGAGAAGGGGAACACCACCUGCGAAAUAUGUCUCCAGUUUACGUCAUCUUGCUUGUGAGACAGUUCUUUGAUUUGCUUAAUGGUGGAACAGAAGAUUACCCACCCAUUCACACUUAUUACAGUACUUAUUCUGAAGGUUAGUAGAAUUAUCCUGCCAAUGUUGAUAUUGAUGCGCACAGUCACAGCAAUUCAAAAUAGCAUCUGAAGGCAUUAUGAGGAGAACAUGUUAUUAAAAGAGAAUAAGGCCUGGAAGACGUAUGAUGAUGUAUUACAAUGCAAGUAUGCCGUUUGAAAAACAAAAGAAAAAGUGAGAGAGAUAGCGAAGAAUCUGAAAAAAGAAAAGCGAAAGUUAUUGUAUUUGUACUAGAUUAUCACCUUUGCAAUAGUGUUUGCUUGGUUUGGAUCAAUGUAAUGUAAAAAAGCACGAUGUAUGGAUUAUGUAAUUUUUGAGUAGAAACAGCUUGUGUAGGAAUGGUUGAAAGUGGAAAUCAUGUUUGUAAAUUGUAUUUUGUUAAAUCAACCUCUUUAAUGAAAAGGUCUUCUACCUA